AGGCCCAUGAAUAUCCUGAGAUAUAGCAGUAUAUGAUCUUUACCUCCAGUCGAAGUCAGCUAACGUUAGUAAGAGUAAGCCAUCUAUGCGGAGAAACACAUACACCUGUUUUAAGGCAAUAAAGGAUAGUUUUUUUUAUCAUAAAACUUUGAUUAAAUUUAUUUCUUUUCCCUUCCAACGAAUCCUGAUGCUGAUCAGUCUGGGGAAACUGUCACCAUUACAAAGUGGAGGAAGGCACGAAAAAUUUUUCAUAUCAAAUAUUAAUUGGAGUCAGUGUAGUGCUUAUGGCGGCUGUACUGCUUGCUGCUGUGAGCUUCCAAUGCUCAACUACAUGGCGAUGGCUUAUGGGAACAUACUGUCAAAAUGAUCAAAAUGAUGUUGAGCAUGAAUUUUCACAGAAGUCUGCUAUACGCAUCAGUCAUUCAUUACCUGAUCUUCAGUCUGAGCCAGUUACUCAUGAAUAUGUCCAGGAACAAAAGGAUGUUAAAAAGGUGCUACGGCAAACAACAUUACCUAUUGUUCCCAUGAGACAUCAAACCUUUCAACGACAGCUACCACACCGACUUGAUUUACCAAAUAUCAAAUUUAGUAUUUGUAGGUUAGAAAAUCGCAGAGAUUCACGUCUUGGCCUUAUUAAACCUGAGCUUUAUAAAAAAGAUUUCAAACGUCAGGAAAGCAAUGAUAGUUCCAGUACAGGAGAGAUGGACAGUGCUGGUAAACUUCACUUUGCUCUGCGGUAUGAUAAAGAAAUCGAAGGUCUUGUAGUAAAGGUUUUGGAAGCUCGAGAAUUACCUGUUAAAGAUGUUUCUGGAAGUAGUGAUCCAUAUGUAAAAAUUUACCUUCUUCCUGAUCGAAAAAAAAAAUACCAAACAAAAGUUCAUCGAAAAAAUUUGAAUCCAAUCUUUAAUGAAACAUUCAUUUUCAAUGUCUUGUAUGAAGAUUUGCAUCACAGACAUUUACAAUUUUCAGUUUAUGACUUUGAUCGAUUUUCGCGACAUGACUUAAUCGGACAAGUAUUGUUAAAAGAUCUUGGUGAUUGUACGGAAAUCGACCAUGAAAUAGAAUAUACAAUGGAUAUUAUGUGUACCAUACAGGACAAAGUUAAUUUGGGCGAAUUAAUGAUGUCUCUAUGCUAUUUACCGACUGCUGGACGAUUGACACUUACAAUAAUAAAAGCAAGAAAUCUUAAGAAAAUGGAUAUUACUGGAUUAUCUGAUCCCUACGUGAAAAUUUAUUUAUUAUGCCAAGGAAAACGAAUUAAAAAGAAAAAGACUAGUGUAAAGAAAGGAUCCUUAUGUCCAAUUUAUAAUGAAGCAUUUGUUUUCGAUGUUCCAGCUGCGAAUAUAAUGGAUGUUAGUCUCAUAAUUAAAGUAAUCGAUUAUGAUAGAAUUGGAUCAAAUGAAUUAAUGGGUUGUACUGCAAUUGGAGCCAAUUUUAUUGGAAUUGGAAAAAAUCAUUGGCUUGAAAUGCUUGACAAUCCUCGUAAACCUGUAGCACAAUGGUAUACAUUAUCAGAAACUGUUAUGGAUCAUAUUUCAACUGCUGAUCAAUUACCAGUCAGUUUGAACUGUCUAAAUCAAAGAUGAAGACUAUUUACGAC